CUCAGAUGUAGUUCAUCUGCAAAGCCAGCAGCUUCACAGAUCGCUGUCUGGGUAGGAAUCCUCCAUACACGGAAAUCCACACAGAUGGUUAUUGGGUGUUGCUUACAGCCUCUUAUAUGUGUGUUUAUAGUCCAGAUUUAAGAUGAGAAGCAUCUCUGCACUUGUGCUGCUUUUGAUCCUCUUUUCCCCUACAUCUUCAUCUCCUCUUGCAAAGGAUCGGUCUGUGUGUGCCAGGACUUUCUGUGGAGCAGGAAGAGAGUGUGUAGCGACAGACAGAGGACAACCAGAGUGUCAUUGUUUACAGCAUUGUGGGGAAUCUGAACACUGGGUGUGUGGCAGUAACAACAAAUCUUACAGGAAUCACUGUGAGCUGCACAGAGAUGCUUGCAUCACCAAGACUAAAAUACAUGUGGCUCACAGAGGACAGUGCGUGGGGAAUCUGGGAAAGACAGAUGUCGGCCCCAUUGUGUGUUUCCUGUCUGAGCGUGAUCGGCUGAGAGAGCAGGUGAUCCAGUGGAUUUACUCAGAGAUGGCACAGGAUCAUCGGGCUUCAAAUGCAUCAUCAUCAUUAUCAUCCAGUGAUGUCUUGCAAAUGUAUUUUCAGACCUAUGAUGACGGUGAUUCCCAGCUGGAUUCCAAAGAGUUCCUGCGCUUCCUGAAUCACAACGAGAGCGCUCUGAACCUCACAUACUCCGAUACUGAGGGGACUAACCAGCUACUAAGGUCUUUUUGUGUUGAUGCUUUAAUCGAGCUGUCAGAUGAAAAUUUCGACUGGAAGCUAAGUGUAACUGAGUUUAUCAACUGUCUGACCCCCACCUACAACCCACAGGAGAGAAAGUGUGCAUUGGAGGAUGAAGUGUUUGAAGAUGGAGCUAAAACCCAGAGAGGAUGCAACAAGUGUGUGUGCGCCUGUGGAAAUUGGGUGUGCACUGCUCUAACAUGCAACGGGGGGCAUCAGCUGAAAAAGCAUGACCAAGAAGGAGAAGAAGAAAUGACAGAAUAUGAGUGGAGGAGGACAGUGGCUGAACUCAACUCUUUACAGGAGAUCUCCACUGCUGGGAGCUAAGGUCACAUCACGGAAACAAAUGGAGCAGUUAAUAUCUGACACAUUCCCAAAUUGGACUUUGUUUUGUUGCGCUCUCAAAUGGUGUAUUUGGUUUGGCUUGGCUUUUUCACAGUUUUUGUUUGAGAUCAUUCAAUUGUUUUAGGGGUUCAGAUUCUCACAAGAUGAUUUGGGAUUACAUAUUCCCGUGACAGUAGAUUGUUACUUCUUCUUUAAUGAGUAAACCUGUUUGCAGUUACUACUCUGCUAAAAUAUGUACAUUAGCAACAUGUGGGGAUUAUUACCUCAUGUUUGACCAAAUUUAAAUGAAGAAUCACAGAACAAACCAAAAAGUGUUCAUGUAAAAUAAUAGAAGAAACAAAAAACAAGACAAUACGUAUGUAAAAGUGAAAUAAAACAAAUGGUUAAAUGUCUUUACUGGUUUAACCAC